AUGUCGUGGCCAGUUUAUGUCGCUUCAGCGGUCGCUACGCUUCUAGCGCUCGUCUAUGGAGCUAUCAUUCUCUUCUCUCACCAGCCACGUCUCCCUACGCCGUCAGAACUGAAGUAUUCCACAAACGAUGCAAAAGGUCCAGUUCAUGACUUACCGCCUCGACUCUCGUCAGGUAAAAUCUCCGAUUCGUCUUUAACGCUAUCAGUAGUCGUGCCAUGCUACAAUGAGACCGCCCGCUUGGGCAAGAUGCUUGAUGAGGCCGUACAAUAUUUACAAGAGAAUCAUCCAAAUGACUAUGAGAUUCUUAUUGUGGACGAUGGAAGUAGCGACGGCACCGCCGACUACGCGUUGGAGCAGGCGUCAACGUUGGGUCUUGCACCGCAUGCGCUUAAGGUGGUGAAGUUGGCCAAGAACAGAGGUAAAGGAGGUGCUGUAACCCAUGGCAUUUUGCAUGGAUCAGGUAAGUACUUGCUCUUUGCUGAUGCUGACGGAGCCUCCAAAUUCAGCGAUAUGAGUAAGCUUCUCGAGUACUUGCGCUCACAGCCCGCUGACAAGGCUGCUAUUGCUAUUGGUCUGAGAGCACAUAUGGUCAACACCGAUGCCGUGGUCAAGAGACUGUUCAUUCGUAAUUUCUUGAUGUACGGCUUACACACAUUGGUUUACAUUUUUGGCAUCCGAAAGGUCCAGGAUACCCAGUGUGGGUUCAAGAUGUUCAACAGAACUGCGGUGGCUAAUAUAUUCCCACACAUGCAUACCGAGCGUUGGAUCUUUGAUGUGGAGAUCUUACUUUUGGGCGAGCUUCAGGGCAUGGCUAUGAAGGAAGUUCCUGUCAAUUGGCAAGAAAUCGAUGGUUCAAAGGUCGAUUUAGCCAAGGAUUCCAUUCAGAUGGCCAUUGACCUUGUGGUUACACGCAUGGCAUACAUUUUUGGCAUCUACGGGUUGGACGAGUGUGGAAGAAAGUAA